CCACGCUUGUGCACGAUGCUGAUACUACGCAUGCGUCGAAGGAGUGGACCCGCUUUCUGCGCACGCGCGCUUCCCAGAAUGAGCCGGAAGGGGUUUUCCUCCGCUUCCGGCCACCCAGGCGGUCAGGCUCUGAGGCGAAAACCAGGAGACAAUUCCUCCGUCGCGAUGUCAGGCGCGGCCUCCGCCUCGUCCGCUUCGGGCGCCAACUCGGUGGGCUCCGUCGUGCGGCGAUUCUUGGCCGAGUACAGCAGCGGGACGCCGAGCCGGCUGAAGGUGUUGGACGCCUACCUGCUUUACGUCAUGCUGACAGGCGCGCUGCAGUUCGGCUACUGCCUCGGCGUGGGCACAUUUCCCUUCAACUCCUUCCUCUCGGGUUUCAUCUCCGCCGUGGGCAGCUUCAUCUUAGGCGUUUGCUUAAGGAUCCAGAUCAAUCCACAGAACAAAACAGAAUUUCAGGGAAUCUCACCAGAGCGAGCGUUUGCUGACUUUUUAUUUGCCAGCACAAUCCUACAUUUGGUUGUUAUCAAUUUUGUGGGCUGAUUCAAAAGGACUUUGAGAUUAUAGGUUUGUCUUGAUGGUUUAAGACUGCUCAGUCAGUGAAUGGGAGCAACAUCUGAUUAGUUCCCUAGUGGAAAAAGGAAUGAGAUUUAAAAGGUUCCAUGAAAGAACUAGUAAUUGUCUUGAGUCUCAAUAAACUUCUUUUUGUUAUA